GAAAGGAAAAAAGUUGCAAAAUUUGCGUCAAUCGGUACGAGACAUUCAUGACCUAAAUUUGAGAUAUCAAAAUAUAAGUCUAGCUCGGAAAAUGGACUGCAACACCGAUAUAUUGCAUAUUUCAAGAGAGAAAAUUAUAGGAAGUUAUACAUUUGAGAUUUCGAGUAGUAGUUCAGAAGAAGAAGAAGAAGAAGAGAUAGAUAAAAUGGAGAGUGGGAACUUAACGAGAAGCAUAAGUAGGAGCUUAAGCAGGACAAGUUGGAGGAUGGAGGAUGUGUUUGCGAGUGGAAGAUAUUCUCGAAGGACUUCAAAUGUUGAUGAGGAUGAAGAGGCUCUCAAGUGGGCAGCCAUAGAGAAAUUACCCACCUAUGACAGGCUAAGAACAAGUAUCCUCCAAACAUAUGCUGAGGGUGAUCAUGCUCAUCACAGGGAAGUAGAUGUCAGAAAGUUAGAUGUCAAUCAAAGGCAAGAGUUUAUUGACAGAAUCUUCAAGGUUGCUGAAGAAGACAAUGAAAAGUACUUGAGAAAGUUCAGAAACCGACUUGAAAAGGUUGGUAUCCGACUCCCAACAGUAGAAGUGAGGUAUCAAAAUUUAAGUGUUGAGGCUGAUUCGUAUAUUGGCAGCAGAGCUCUGCCGACCCUGCCGAAUGUUUCAUUAAACAUUGCUGAAUCAGCUCUUGGCUUAUGUGGGAUUAGUACCACAAAGACAAGAAAGCUCACCAUUCUUAAAGAUGUCUCAGGCAUUAUUAAACCUUCAAGGAUGGCCCUUUUGCUUGGUCCCCCCUCUUCCGGGAAAACGACCCUUUUGCUGGCAUUGGCUGGAAAAUUGGGCAAUGAUUUGAGGGUUAGUGGAGAAAUCUCUUACAACGGGUGCGAGCUUCACGAGUUUGUUCCUAGAAAAACUUCAGCCUACAUUAGCCAAAAUGACGUGCAUAUUGGAGAAAUGACCGUAAAAGAAACCCUCGAUUUCUCUGCUAGAUGUCAAGGAGUUGGGACACGAUAUGACCUAUUAGCCGAGCUUGCUCGAAGGGAAAAGGAAGCUGGCAUAUUUCCAGAGGCAGAACUUGACCUUUUCAUGAAGGCCACUGCAAUGGAAGGAACCGAAAGUAGUCUCAUCACUGACUAUACUCUCAAAAUAUUGGGACUUGAUAUUUGCAAAGAUACCAUUGUGGGUGAUGAAAUGCAGAGAGGUGUGUCUGGUGGACAAAAGAAGCGUGUAACCACAGGGGAAAUGAUUGUUGGGCCGACGAAAACAUUGUUUAUGGAUGAAAUAUCAACGGGUCUUGAUAGCUCGACAACAUAUCAAAUAGUGAAAUGCUUCCAACAAGUAGUGCAUCUGACGGAAGCAACCAUAUUGAUGUCCCUACUCCAACCUGCUCCAGAGACCUUCGAUCUCUUUGAUGACAUCAUCUUAAUAUCGGAGGGCCAGAUUGUUUAUCAGGGCCCACGUGAAAACAUCGUUGAGUUCUUUGAAUCUUGUGGAUUUAAAUGUCCCGAAAGAAAAGGCAUCGCAGAUUUCUUACAGGAGGUCACUUCAAGGAAAGACCAAGAACAAUAUUGGGCAAAUAGAAGCGUACCAUACCGUUACAUUGCAGUGAGCGAGUUUGUAAGCAGAUUCAAGCAAUUCCAUGUUGGAAUGCAGCUUGAGAAUGAACUUGCUGUGCCAUUUGACAAAUCAACGGGGCAUAGAGCAGCUCUGGUGUUCAAUAAAUAUACAGUUCCCAUAAAAAAACUUUUUAAAGCAUGUUGGGACAGGGAAUGGCUACUGAUCAAGAGGAACUCUUUUGUCUAUAUAUUCAAGACAGUUCAAAUAUGUAUUAUGGCUAUCAUAUCUGCAACUGUAUUCUUUAGGACCAAAAUGCAUCGAAGGGAUGAGGGUGAUGCUGCAGUUUACAUUGGUGCAAUUUUGUAUACCAUGAUCAUUAACAUGUUCAAUGGUUUUGCUGAGCUACCACUCACAAUUGCAAGACUCCCUGUAUUCUACAAGCACAGAGACCACCUUUUCCAUCCUCCUUGGACUUACACCGUCCCUAAUUUCCUCCUAAGGAUACCCAUUUCUAUGUUUGAGGCUAUUGUUUGGACACUUCUCACAUACUACCCAAUAGGAUUAGCUCCUGAAGCUAGCAGGUUCUUCAAGCACUUGCUGUUAGUUUUUCUUGUCCAACAAAUGGCGGCUGGAAUGUUUAGGCUGAUAUCUGGAGUUUGUAGGACAAUGAUUGUUGCUAACACUGGUGGAGCUGUCAUGCUCCUUAUUGUUUUUUUACUUGGAGGUUUCAUCAUGCCUAAACGUGACAUUCCAAAUUGGUGGAUAUGGGGCUAUUGGGUUUCACCAUUAACAUAUGCAUUCAAUGCUUUUUCUGUAAAUGAAAUGUUUGCUCCAAGGUGGGCCAAACCGUCUACAGAUCCUACAACCUCGAUUGGUAUAGCUACAUUAAAUAACUUUGAUGUUUAUGCUCAAAAACGAUGGUACUGGAUAGGUGCAGCAGUACUUUUGGGUUUCGUCGUUUUGUACAAUGUUCUCUUCACCUUUGCACUUAUGUUCCUCAAUCCUAUUGGGAAAAAACAAGCAAUUAUAUCUGAAGAAGAAGCAAGUGAAAAGGAAGAGCCUAACAGAGAGAUAGCCCUUCAAUCAAUAUCUUCUACCGAUGGAAGAAACAUUGCAGCAAUGAAACAAAUGAAUAGCCAAGGUGAUUCUAGUAGAUUAAGAAGCAUUGAUUCAACACAUGAAUUGGCCACUGGAGUUGCCCCCAAGAGAGGAAUGGUUUUACCUUUUCAACCACUUGCAAUGUCUUUUGAUAGUGUUAAUUAUUAUGUGGACAUGCCUGCUGAAAUGAGAGAACAAGGAGUGACAGAGGAUAGGCUACAAUUACUUAAGGAAGUAACUGGUGCCUUCAGGCCGGGAGUUUUAACUGCUUUAAUGGGAGUUAGUGGAGCUGGAAAGACAACUUUGAUGGAUGUUUUAGCAGGGAGAAAGACAGGUGGAUACAUUGAAGGAGAUGUCAGAAUAUCUGGUUUCCCCAAGAACCAAGAGACAUUUGCAAGAAUUUCUGGCUACUGUGAGCAAACUGAUAUCCAUUCACCCCAAGUUACUGUUCAUGAAUCUUUGAUCUAUUCUGCUUUCCUUCGGUUACCUAGAGAAGUCAAUAAUGAGGAAAAAAUGAAAUUUGUUGAAGAAGUGAUGGAUUUGGUCGAGCUAAAUAGUCUGAGGGAUGCUAUAGUUGGGCUUCCAGGUGUCACGGGGUUAUCAACUGAACAGAGAAAGAGGCUAACAAUUGCUGUUGAACUCGUUGCUAAUCCUUCAAUCAUUUUCAUGGAUGAGCCCACUUCAGGUCUCGAUGCAAGAGCAGCAGCCAUUGUAAUGAGGACUGUGAGAAACACUGUUGACACUGGAAGAACAGUUGUAUGCACAAUUCACCAACCUAGCAUUGAUAUUUUUGAAGCCUUUGACGAGUUGUUAUUGAUGAAGAGAGGAGGGCAAGUGAUCUACUCAGGACCAUUAGGAAGGAACUCACACAAGAUUGUAGAAUAUUUUGAGGCAAUCCCAGGGGUCCCAAAAAUUAAGGAUAAGUACAAUCCAGCUACAUGGAUGUUAGAGGUAAGCUCUAUAGCAGCUGAAGUUCGACUUGCAAUGGACUUUGCCGAGUACUACAAAUCAUCAUCUUUGUAUCAGCGAAACAAAGCUCUUAUAAAGGAGUUAAUUAUACCUCCUUCAGGAGCAAAAGAUUUGUAUUUCCCAACUCAGUAUUCUCAAUCUACUUGGGAACAAUUCAAAUCUUGUUUAUGGAAGCAAUGGAUAAGUUAUUGGAGGAGUCCAGAUUAUAACCUUGUCAGAAUUUUCUUCACCCUGGCUGCAGCUCUCAUGGUGGGGACAGUGUUUUGGAGGGUUGGCAAAAAAAGGGAUAACUCAACCGAUCUGAGUACCAUUAUAGGAGCAUUGUAUGGUUCGGUUUUCUUUGUUGGUGUUAACAAUUGUCAAACUGUUCAACCAGUGGUAGCUGUUGAAAGAACAGUGUUCUACAGAGAAAGAGCUGCUGGAAUGUAUUCUGCUUUGCCUUAUGCCAUUGGACAGGUUAUAUGUGAAAUACCAUAUAUAUUUCUUCAAACUAUAUGUUUCGCAUUCAUAGUGUAUGCUAUGGUGAGCUUUGAAUGGACAGUGGCCAAGUUCUUUUGGUUUUUCUUUAUUAGUUUCUUCUCCUUCAUGUACUUCACAUAUUAUGGGAUGAUGACUGUUUCCAUUACACCAAACCACCAAGUGGCAUCAAUCAUGGGAGCAGCAUUCUAUGGACUCUUCAAUCUCUUUUCUGGUUUCUUUAUCGCAAGACCAAAAAUCCCUAAAUGGUGGGUUUGGUAUUAUUGGAUUUGCCCAUUAGCAUGGACAGUAUAUGGGUUAAUUGUCUCACAGUAUAGAGAUAUUGAGGACUACAUUAGUGUGCCUGGUAAGCAAAAUCAAACAAUCAAGUUCUAUAUUGAGGACAAUUAUGGGUUCAAACCAGACUUUAUGGGGCCAGUUGCUGCUGUUUUGGUCGCUUUUCCAGUCUUCUUUGCCUUUAUAUUUGCCUUCGCCAUCAAAACACUUAACUUCCAAACCAGAUAAAAUAAAUGGUGAAAAAGGAAGUUAUGUUCUUGCAAAUUUUACUGGUGAAUGUACCUCAUGUAUGCUUAAAGAUAGCAAAAUGUAUACUUAUUCUAGAAACCAUGAUAAGAUUUUGGGGUUGUUUAGUAAAUAUCAAUUAUGUUGAUUGUGUAUUUUUUAUAUGAGUGUUUUCAUCAUUUACGUAAAAGAAGUUAGUUCUUUUAUGUGGUCAACUUUUUUGUUACAAACAUUAUCAUUAUUUGCAACAAUAUUUAAUGUGACUAAUAGUCCUGUAUUAAAAAAAAAAUUCUUA